AUGAUGCUGACUAUGCCUGGCAACGAACGCUUGGCUGUCAUCGUAGCGUUAUGUGGCGUCAUCAGCGGUGUCACUGGCGUCGCUACGUCAGCAUUCCUUUUUACGCUGACUACGGCGCUUUUGUGCUGGCUGUUUCACCAGCGCCUCCACCACGAGCGCCAGCUUCAGACGCUCAAUCAAAACAAUGAUUGUGGGUUUCCCUUGUGGGAACUAGAAUCACUUUUCAGUACUUCCGUGUCACACCAGGCCCGAGGGUCCGUCUCUUUAUUUAUAGCCCCUUUUGGACGGCGCCGUAGCGGCAUUUUAAUGAUUUGGCUCCACGUUUUAACCGCUUGCCUGUUGUUGGGAACUUCCACUGUUCAUGCCCGUUACAACCUGGGUUCUCGCUUACACAAUGGGUUCAGCACAGGGCAGAAUUGCCCCCAAAGGUGUGCCUGUAUCGGAGUGUCGGUGGAUUGUAGCUUCCGAGGCCUAAAAACCGUGCCAUCAGAUAUACCCCCGGAAACGGAAAGACUUGAUUUAAAGGGGAACAAUAUUACCCACAUUCGACGGACUGAUUUUACCGGUCUGCGGAGCAUAAGAGUUCUGCAACUCCCUGAAAAUAGGAUUACCAAAAUUGAACGGGGAGCUUUUCAGGACCUUAUUUCCAUGGAACGAUUGUAA